UCGUCGACUAUUGAACAGUGAAAAGCCCUCGGGGGCCAAAGCUCAAAGGCUAGCAAAGUUGUACGCCAGAAAAUGAAAAAAACGCGUCUGCUGCAGUGUCGACGUGUCAAGCAUGUCAAGCCGCUGUUAGCCUGCCGUCUUAGCCAGCCUGAACCCAUGUCAGACAGUGAGAUUGCUGCAAAGGCGAGCAAGAGGAGUAUGAAUGGCGAAAGCGCAGCUGGCAAGAAACGCAGACGGACAGAACCCACUUCUGAUGGGUCUGACAUGGAUCUCGAUGACUCGGCAGACGAGCAAGAAGCAGCAGAAGUGACGCCCGAGCCGACCAAAGCAAAAGUCAAGCGAGCUGCACCGCGGGCCAAGACCGGCAAAGGCUCAAAGAAGGUCUUGUCUAAAGAGACUGUCUCUGACAGCGAGGAAGAGGGUCCAGCCGAGCCCGAGCAAGACGACGCAGACGAAGAUCUCGAGUCUGAGGAUGAGGUCGAGGCGGCACUCUACCCGCUCGAGGGCAAAUACAAAGAUGCAGCGGACCGUGCCUACCUCAUGACGCUCACCCAGAUCCAGCGCGAAGAGAUUCUGGCCGAGCGAGAGGAGGAGAAGCAGGAGCAGAUUGACGCCCGUGAGAUCAGAGCGCUCGCUCAGAAUGCCGGCAAGACGAACAGGGCACCCGCUCGAGCGUCGACUCGCAAACAGACCGUCGCGCCCUCAAAGACUGACAAGGCGAUUGACGCGCUCAAGAAGAGCAGGACAGACCGCAUAGAGAAGAAGACGACGAGAUCGUCUGCUGCGCCAAAGAGGGACAGGAAACCGGCAAAUGAAGAGUCAGACGAGGAAGUCGCUCAAGCAGCACAAGAGAGUGAAGGGUCAGAGGAAGAGACCUAUUCAAGGAGAAGAGGCAGAGUCAAAGUAGAUAAGCCAACGCGGGCUCAAGAGCAAGAGGCCACGCAUGCAGAGAUCAAUUCGAUCUUGGUCACUCGCGAUCAGCUGACUCGCUACUGGCCUUGCCCCUGGUUCGCCGAAUGGGCGAAAGAUGCCUACGUAAGAGUCUUGGUCGGAGUGGAUGACACGAAGCAAAACGUCUACCGGCUUUCGCGCAUCCUGAGCGUCGAAGAGGCACCGACGCUGUACAGACUCGAAGAUAAUUGCAAGACUGACAAGGCGCUCAAGCUCGCUCACGGCUCGGCAGAACGCAUCUUCGAGAUUAGCAAAGUCAGCAAUUCGCCAGCGGCUGACAGCGAGGUACGGCGCUUGAAGAGUGUCUUGCUUAGCGAAAAGCGCAAACCGAUCACAGCGCGCCAGGUAGAACAGAAGCUGCCCAUUCUGCAACGCUACGCCCAGCACGCACCAACCGAAGCUGACAUUACGACCCGGAUCAAUGUCAACAAGCUCGAUGAUGCCGAGUACGAGCGACCGCGCAGGAAAGCACGAUUACUCGAGGAGCGUGCGGCAGCAGAGGCCAAGAAAGACACAAUUGCACUCGCCAAGAUCAAUGUCGAGCUGACUAAGCUGGAGCCUCCGCUUCCAAUAGCACGCGAACCUUCUGCGAACACAUCGGAGAGCGCGGCGCGGAUAGCUGCAAAGCUACAGGCGGCAGCUCAGACUCAGCCGAAGCAGUCGCAGGCACCCGGAAGGACAGAUCCAGCACGGCGGACUGCCGACUCGCUGAAUGGGGGUGGAUCAGGCUCCAGUACACCCACGCGCCUGAAGGCCGUCAAGAGAAUGGAGGGCGCAAUCACACCAAGCAGUCUAUCCAUAGACCUUACGGCCGCCUCUGAGACUUCUCAGAGUGGACACAAGCCUGCACGCAUCGAGCUCGACCUCGGAGACUUCUGAGCGAGCUCCGCUUCAUGUUGACAACAGUAAUGCAUACUACAUAGCUACUACGUCGUGAUC